CUCAAAAAGAGAGAGAGAGAGAUCAAACUAAGAGAGUGACCAUGGCAAGAAAAAAAAUAAAACUUGCGUGGAUAGAGAAUGACAACUCAAGAGUCAUACGUUCGAAAAAAAGGAGGGAAGGGUUACUGAAAAAGAUAGAAGAAGUAACUAUAUUGUGUGAUGUUAAGGCGUGUAUCAUCAUGUUCAGCCCUGAGGAGGAUUAUCCAAUGGUGUGGCCAUCUCUUAAGCAGGUUCGUGACCUCCUAGACGAUUUCUUUGCCUUACCAGAGAUCGAGAAGAAGAAAAAAGAGACGAGUCUCCAGUCAUACCUGAAAGAGAAGACUAAGAAGGUCCACGAGCAACUGAUGAAAACUCAUAAGAAGAACCAGAAUUAUGCCAUUGAUCAGAUGAUGUUGCAACUACAUCGUGGUCGUAGUAUUGCAGAUCUUGACUUAAAUGAGAUCUAUGCAUUGAUAUCUUUCUCAAAGGAUAAUGUCAUGCUUCAUAGGAAGAAGCUACAUUUCGUGCAACAUUCUCCUCUUCGAGAUCCACCUGAUCCUUUAUUUGAAAGGAAAUUUGAGGAGUUUGAGACCACUACGAAUGGUGUUUUUGCAAGAGGUCGUCAAGAAGAUGAGAGAGCUUGGAAUACUAAUGAAGCAAUGAAAGAGAUUAACAUUAAUGCUGCAAUACCGGGGAAUCAACAAAGUUGUUACUUGAUAGAUCAGUGGUUUCCAUUCCAAGGAAAUAAUAUCAAUGGAUUGGAGAUGGAGCCGAUUGGAGCUCCUGUGAUAUCUUUCCAUGGUUUGGUUGGGUCGGUUUCUCAACCACUGCAACAUCAUAACACCAACAACAAUCCAACUAUGGCUAUGAGUCAACCCAACCAAUGCCCGUUUGAUUUCAUGAAUCCUGAGUUUGGGGUCAAAGAUAAAGGAAGCAUUGUUAACAAUGGCGACUCACAAUUUCAAAGAAGGAGCAACACUAUAGAAAUCAGUAAUGAUAUUCGUAGAGAGUCACCGGCUAAGGAAGCAACCGAUGGGGAAGAUAAUGAUAUGAUGUGAUGCUGAUUGAUAUCAAUAAGGUUUGGUAAGAGAUUAAUAUUUCUAGACUUUUAUAGGUGCUACUACUAUAUAUGUUGGUAUGAAAAUUUUCAAGUUAUGUUUGUUUA